AUGACAUCACAGUACAAACAUCCAAGGGUGCUUCUAUUAGCUGGGUCUCUUGAGUAUCAGAGAGUUGCUGGCCAGUUAGCUUCCUUCAACACUCUGCUCCAACAGGAGAAUGAUCAUCUCAAGGCGAUUAUAGCGAAAAUAGAUUCACGUCAUCCUAAUGUUGUCCUAGUAGAGAAGAGUGUGUCUUCAUAUGCUCAGCAGUAUCUUCUAGAGAAGGAUAUUUCAUUGGUGCUCAAUGUGAAACGGUCAUUGCUUGAUCAAAUAGCUCGUUGCACCGGUGCUGUUGUUUGCCCUUCUGUAGAUAGCAUCUCUAAUGCUCAGUUGGGACACUGUGAGCUGUUCCGGACAGAGAAAGUGUUGGAGCAACAUGAAAUUGGUAAUCAGUCUAACAGAAAACCUUCUAAGACAUUAAUGUACUUUGAAGGGUGUCCUAAACGCCUAGGUUGCACGGUUGUGCUUAAGGGAAGUUGUCGUGAAGAGCUGAAGAAGGUUAAGCAUGUUAUACAGUACGCUGUGUUUGCAGCUUACCACUUGUCGUUAGAGACUUCCUUCCUUGCGGAUGAAGGUGCUUCUCUGCCUAAGAUAAGACUAAAGCAGCCAGGGAUGGUGAGGUCAGCUUCAGAGAGAAGAAUAGUUGAUGAUGGCAUUUCUCUAGUAACUCAUUCUCCUACAGAGAAAGAAUUGCAAGCUUUAACUGAAACAGCUGCUGCACAAGAAGAUGAAGAUACAUUGCUAGAGCAUGAUGUUUGUGAAUCUGAGGAUUUUGAUCCAAGUCUGAUAUUCCAAUCAUCUUGUGAAGUCGACACUGAGCAAUCUGAUGCCAUGAAUGAUUAUGGUGGAGAAACACCUACUCAACAGGUUAGAGGUGAAGAGGAGAAUCUGCCACAACAUGAGACAUUCAAUGAAGAAGAUGUUUCUAGUGAAUACUUCUCUGCUGCAGACUCUCAUCAGAGCAUCUUGGUCUCGUUUUCAAGCCGAUGUGUUUUGAAAGAAUCAGUAUGUGAACGGUCAAGACUCUUGAGGAUUAAGUUCUAUGGAUCUUUUGAUAAACCUCUCGGAAAAUACUUGAAAGAUGAUCUUUUCGACCAGACAUCAAGCUGUAGAACGUGUAAGGAGCUGGUUGAUGCUCAUGUCCUCUGCUACUCUCACCAGAAUGGGAACCUUACUAUCAACGUUAGACGUCACUCUUCCAUGAAGCUUCCUGGUGAGCAAGAUGGGAAGAUAUGGAUGUGGCAUCGCUGCUUAAGGUGUGCACAUGAAGACGGUGUCCCACCUGCUACUCGUAGAGUAGUUAUGUCUGAUGCUGCAUGGGGACUGUCCUUUGGGAAGUUUCUUGAACUUAGCUUCUCGAAUCAUGCAACUGCGAAUCGUGUUGCAUCUUGUGGCCAUUCACUUCAGAGAGACUGCCUUAGAUUCUAUGGAUUUGGGAACAUGGUUGCCUUCUUUAGAUACUCUCCUAUCAACAUACUUACUGUCUUUCUUCCUCCAUCAAUGCUUGAGUUCAACAGCCAUCCUCAACCUGAGUGGAUAAGGACAGAGGCAGCAGAGCUUAUGAGUAAGAUGAGGACUAUGUAUGAUGAGAUAUCUGGUAUGCUCAACCACAUGGAAGAGAAGAGCAGUUUGCUUGAACCUGAACAACCUGAAGCCUCUGAUCUGCAGAGCCGCAUAAUGGGAUUAAAAGAUCAACUAGUGAAGGAGAAAGAUGAAUACAAUGAUGCAUUGCAACCUAUUUUUGUGGAGAAUCUGCAAAGUCAUGGGAGUUUGGAUGUUCUUGAGCUGAAUAGAUUGAGGAGGGCACUCAUGAUUGGUUCUCAUGCUUGGGACCAUCAGAUUUUCUUGCUAAACACUCAACUCAAAAAAGCUAGUGAUGGCAAUGCUUCUAGGAGUCUGGAGAUACAGGAACCUCCAAAGACUGACCAGAGACCACAGGAAGGUUCAGAUGAAGGGGAAGGACAUGCCCUUUCUGAUGCAGAAGCUAAUAGUGACAAUAAAGAUUCAGACAAGUUACUCUCCCCUGGCUCUUCCCUGUCUGAGAGGAUAGAUUCAGCAUGGUUAGGCUCAUUUCAUAGUGAGACAGAAGGCUUUCCACCUGCUAAGUCUCCCCUCAAGAGACUCGCCAGACCAAUCCGAGUGCAGUCAUUUGAUUCAGCAAUACGGUUUCAAGAAAGGAUCCAGAAAGGUUUGCCACCAUCUUCUUUAUGCCUCUCAACACUCAGAUCUUUCCACGCUUCAGGCGAGUACAGGAAUAUGGUGAGAGACCCUCUCUCUAAUGUCAUGAGGACUUACUCACAAAUGUUGCCACUGGAAGUACAGAAGCUGGAUCUCAUCGUUGGUUCAGCGCCUACAUACAUCUCCUCAGCUUCUCAGAUGGCUGAUGGGGCUAGGAUGCUGAUCCCUCAACGUGGCCUAAACGAUAUAGUGAUCCCUGUGUAUGAUGAUGAUCCCGCUAGUGUUGUAUCCUAUGCUCUCAACUCAAAGGAGUAUAAAGAGUGGGUUGUUAAGAGAGGCAUCACUAGGAGUAGUAACAGAGAGUCUGAACCUUCCACUUUCUCUACUUGGCGUUCUCUAGGGGCUAUGGAUGUUGAUUACAUUCACCAUGCAGUGUAUGGAUCUUCUCAAGAUAAUAAGAAGUCUCCUCAUCUGACUAUCUCUUUCAGCGACCGCUCUUCCUCUGAAGGUAAAGUGAAGUUCUCUGUGACGUGUUACUUUGCAACACAGUUUGACACACUCAGAAAGACUUGCUGUCCGAGUGAAGUGGACUUUGUGAGGUCCUUGAGCCGGUGUCAGAGAUGGUGUGCGCAGGGAGGGAAGAGUAAUGUUUACUUUGCUAAGUCUUUGGACGAGAGGUUUAUUAUAAAACAAGUUGUCAAAACCGAGCUGGAUUCUUUUGAGGAUUUUGCACCUGAGUACUUUAAAUACAUGAAGGAGUCUCUCAGCUCUGGGAGCCCUACUUGUCUUGCUAAGAUCCUCGGUAUCUACCAGGUCUCUAUUAAACACUCUAAAGGUGGUAAAGAAACGAAAAUGGAUUUGAUGGUGAUGGAGAAUCUUUUCUACAACAGAAGAAUCUCUAGGAUCUAUGAUCUCAAGGGAUCUGCACGGUCAAGAUACAAUCCAAACACAUCAGGAAAAGACAAAGUUUUGUUAGACAUGAACCUUCUUGAGACACUAAGAACAGAACCUAUAUUCCUAGGAAGCAAGGCCAAGAGAAGCCUUGAAAGAGCUAUAUGGAAUGACACAAACUUCUUAGCUUCUGUGGAUGUAAUGGACUAUUCAUUGCUGGUUGGGUUUGAUGAAGAGCGUAAAGAGCUGGUUCUUGGGAUUAUAGACUUCAUGAGACAGUACACAUGGGACAAGCACCUUGAGACUUGGGUGAAAGCUUCAGGCAUUUUGGGUGGACCAAAGAAUGCUUCUCCGACAAUAAUCUCACCAAAACAGUACAAGAGGAGGUUUAGAAAGGCCAUGACCACUUACUUUCUCACUGUUCCUGAGCAGUGGACCUCUUGAUUAAAGUGAAAAGAAUGAACCAUUUUUCAUCAUUCUCUAUUUUUUAAUAAUCUCAAUUUGUUAUUCUAAAAAAUAAAGAAAAGGGGGGAUUGGUUUAACAAACUGAUACAACAUAUACAGGUUGGGACCUGACUGAUUGAUUUGAUCUUUUAUUUGGUGUGUGUGUUGGCUUCUCUGAGUCUGGAGAAUUGUAUAUUGUAUUUACCGGCUAAACUUAUGCCACACAAUUUGAAAGAAAAAUACUAAUUGAUUUGCCA